UUCGAAACUAAUCCUUGCGUAUGCAUACGAUAUCCGUUGCAGUUAAUUCCUGAUGCCGGGGCGACACUAUAUAAAGAGCGUUUGUGCCAGCGGUUCCGAAGCAGCUGCAGUCAGUCUUCUGGUUUUCAUUUGCCAUCGAGGAGGACAAAGCUUAACCCAACAUAAUGGCCUUCGCUGGUAUUCUUAAGGAGGAGGAUGUGGCUGCUGCCCUUAAGGACUGCGCAGCCCCUGACUCUUUCAACCACAAGUCCUUCUUUGCUAAAGUUGGCCUGGCAAGCAAGUCUUCUGAUGACGUCAAGAAGGCCUUUGCUGUCAUUGAUCAGGACAAGAGUGGCUUCAUUGAGGAGGAUGAACUGAAGCUCUUCCUGCAGAACUUCUCUGCUAGUGCCAGAGCUCUGACUGAUGCAGAGACCAAGACCUUCCUUGCCGCCGGGGACAGUGACGGUGAUGGCAAGAUUGGAGCUGAUGAGUUUGCUGCUAUUGUGAAGGCAUAAAUAUCACUUUGGACUCUCCAUGGGAACCAGAACUCCUCUACUGAAGAUCUCUUGGCUCUUUCAUCUGAACUAUCCUGUAGAUUUUUUAUUUUUUAUUUAUGAACUACCUAAAGACUGUUCCUUGCUAUAGAGCACAAGUACGCUGUCCCUAAAGUAUAUUUACAGCUAUUGUUUCAUAGGUGGUUGGUGCAAAUAUAAAAUCUUUUGUGCACUUUGAAGCAGAAUAAAUAUACUUUUGGAGUAA